AUGGCCGGAAAGAAGAGCAAUGCCAUGGCCGCGAAAUACCCGCGCGCUAACGCACUGGUGGGGUCGGUGCUCAACAAGUACCACAACGGCUCGGAGCGCGCCGUAGACUCGUUCGUGAUCCGCACGCUAAAGGAGCACGAGCCCAGGCUAUUGGGCAUUCAGUGUUUCCUGGAUCAGGGGCCGGCGGAGAACAGUCGACGUAUCAAGGACGAGUCCCAUGUGGCACAACACACCCCGUGUGCAUCGGGCGUGUUCGGGGUGCUCUCGGUAUGUGGAGGGCUUUUCGGGCCAGGUGCCAUCAUGCGACAAUGGGAUGCGUGCAGUGGAACGGAGGGAGAACCCGACGACAGAGAAUCGGCGAUGACCGAGUAUGUGGCGACAGUGGAUAAAAUACUCCCGGGGUGGGACGAAGCCGUGCCGAAUCAUCCUGUAGCGAGUCCAGACAGAUUCUGGGAGGAUGACGCCGCUGCAGCUCAGUGUCCGCUGUGCUCUGUCGUCUUCUCGGAGGAGGAGCAGAAGCUACGGUCAUUGGCCGUCGACGCUGGCUGCGACGUACAGGCUCUAGAUGAAGCUAUUCAGAAACAACACGGUGGCUCCCUUAUCGGGUCUGCUCCAAUGGAGAUACCGAUCCCGCCAGCAGCACACCGGUUUGCGUCUGCUCACACCUCAGUGGAAGCCUCGAACCAGCUCGCAUUGGCACAUCGACAGCUAACGAUGAGCUUUAAAAUGGCCCAGUGUCGCGCACACAAAGUUCUCGACAAAAUGGACGCGACAAUCGCAGCGUUGCAAGGCGCUUUGAUCGCUCAAAGAGCGCCUAGCAACAAGUCGCCUCCCUCUGGCCACUCCGAAGACAACGGAUGGAGGGACAAUCGGACGCGAACUUUCGUUGCGGAUUUGGCUGAAGCCGUGCAAGCACUAUUGGAUGCAUCCUCGGGCUCGGAUACUGAAGACUCGGACGCGAACGAAGCACCGGUGUCUAUGUCACGCCCCUCGUGGGAGAAGCCUGCUCAAACGGAUCCACCUACGAGUGUUCCAUCGGUCCCAUCGUCGAUGGAACUGGAGAAGGCGUACGAGCUAAUUCGCUCUCAGUGCGAGACAGGCCCAGCGUCGGAAUGGGACGAACAGAUCCGUCUGGAUGUAACUCGAACCUUUGGCAUUUCAGCUCGCCGGCAGCAUCGCAAGAGCGUAGAUCCAAAGUCGCGUACUGUAUGCAACUCAGCUGGGAUCGCUAUCCCUGUGGAGAAACGACGAUCUGCUCUUGAAAAUGUUCUUCGAGCUUGCGCGAGUGUGGACACAGAUGUGGGGUACUGCCAAGGCAUGGAUCAUGUUGCAGCGCUAGUACUUGCUGUGAGUGACUGGAACGAGGCACGCGCCUUCUGGUUUCUCGUCAGCUUACUGGCAUCACCACGAUUCGAACUCGAGAGGCUCUAUGGACCGGGACUGCCCCACCUCAGUCUGCGUUGCUUUCAGUUGGAUCGUCUUCUAGGAAUUCAUCUUCGCCCGCUAUGUGAACACUUUCACACUAUCGACUUUCCCAUCAGUAUCGUCGCCACGGGGUGGUUUAUGACGCUCUUCACGAACAUGGAAGCACUCUCGUACGAUGUGGUGGUGCAGGUCUUCGAGGGUUUUAUUUUCAAGGGGUGGAAGCAGCUCUUCCAAACAGCCCUUGCCAUCCUACAAGAUCUUCAAGGUCCCAUACUCGCCAGCAGCUUUGACGAGAUUCCUCGACUCUUCUAUGACAUUCAGGAGUAUGCGGUUCAAAAAGCCUUGCGCUUCCUCAUCGAUAUCGCCCGCAACGAUACCGGCACUGUGGUGAAGACGCUGGGCACCACACGACGUCGCUUCCCUGCCUGUGCGUUCAUCGUCGACUGGGGCGUCCAGCCAGUUCUGGCACAUCCGCAACAGUGA